UUCUGUAUGGUAUAGGGACCCCUAGUGAUCUUUUUAAUUAGCCAUAGUUUCUAUAAAAAAGGAGAUUAUAAUAUUUUCCUAUGAAGUAUAUUAGAAAGACAAUAUUACCCCAGAGGAGAAGCACUGAUGUAUUUCCUGAUGACCAUUUUCUUGUGUGUCGGGCUAGUAAAAGGUCCUCCACCAUGGCUUAAUCCUGACAUUUCUAGAGCCUUCCGUUUAAAGCAUUUCUCACAGACCCCGUCUCCAGCUCUCACUCCAAUCUCGUGUCAAUCGUCACAUGUUAAUGAUAAAAUGGACACUACUUUGAAAGAGCGUGAGUUUCCGUGUGCAUCGGAGAACAACAUUUGGGACUCUGCUGUUGUCCAGUUGCUGGUCCGUGGUCCAGAAAAGAAUUGUGAACAUGGCAACAUGUGCAGCGUGAAAGUAGGAAGCAAGCUGCACAUUGAGGUGUCUCUUUCCACUGCUCCGCCAUCCCUUGGACUUUCUUUGGCUCUGUGUUCUCUGUCCCCAUUUUCCGAUCCUUUCAAUUUUUCCCAUACAUUGCUUGUGGUGAAUGGCUGCCCGGCCGAUUUGGGUGUGUCCUUAACAAUGGCCCCACCCCUGCCUUGCACCAAGGCCCUGCUGAUGAAGUCCUUCAGCUUCCAACUUGCCCCAUUCUACAACAGCUCCAUACAGUUCUUGCACUGCAGAGUCCAGUUGUGCAAUAAGGAAACAUCAUGCAGUGCUGGAUCCAGGAACAUUCCAGAGUGUCACAAUACUGAGGACCUCUGCCCCCGCCUUAGUGCUGCACCCUUGUUCCUGGGGCCUGAGCUUCAGCGUACAGUGACUCAACCCCUGCUGGUCACUAUUUCUGCUCCCACCCGUCCUCCGCUCCAGCCCAAAACAGGCCACAAAAAACUACCUGUUGCUGAAAGCCAAGAAUCAGCUGUACACGGGGUAGGAGUAGCGGCAGCGUUUGGCGUUACAAUCAGCUCCUUUUUCUUUGGGGUGAUGCUGAUAGCCGGACUGUGGUGCAUUCACAGCAAGACAGCCCCCAAAGCUCCGGUGACACAAACCUCUGGAGAAGUUCCUCAGGACAACCCUUAAUGUAUAGCAAUGUCUUCUCUCUUGUGUGUCUGAGCUAAAAUGUCAUGAAGGAAGUUACCAGAUCUUAUCUCCUACACCCCCGGUCUCCAAACUGUGGCCCUCCAGAUGUGGCAAAACUACAACUCUUAGCAUGCUGGGAGUUGUAGUUUUGCCACAUCUGGAGGGCCACAGUUUGGAGACCACUGUGAUCUACACUGAUACCUUGCCUUAAAUGUAUAGAAUAAACAUGUCCAGCCACAGUACUCUCUGCUUUUAGUUUAGCUGUUAUGGCUUAUCUCCGAUCCACCCCUUGCCUCAUCAGUGGUUCAGUCCAUCCCCCCCCCCCCCCCCAUGCUUUACCCUGCAGAGUUUAUAUUAUCUAUGCGGUUUGUACUGUUCUGUGAUGAUAAACUACAAGCGACUAAACCAUAAUUGAAAAAAAUAAA